GUGUAGUUUUUUCGUCUCCCCAUUAAAAUAUCGCAAAAGCCAGCCAGUGAGUGUGAAGUGGAAAUUUUGAAGAAUCGGAUUUUCGAUAAAUUAUUGCAGAAAAAAGUGACCAAAAUUGGUUCAAACUAAUCGGAACAGAACAUGUAAAGUGUGGCGUAUGAAGUGAAGACCUGCAUCACGUAAUUGCGGUACGAAUUGUGUGUUGAAGACGUGCACCGUUUUGCCCAAAAUGUCGAUUUAGGAAAGAGCUCUACAGACGCAAAAAAUACAGUUAUUUUGUUAUAAUGGACAGUAAAGAUCAGCUUGCUUCGGAACAGUUGAUACUGUUGUCAUCAGAUGAUGAGAACGAUGGCGACGUGGUGAUCGACUAUCUCAACUCUAGCAAUCCACCACCGACGGCAGCAGCAGGUACUGGGCUCCAGAAAAACAAUGAGUCCACCAGUACUACGAAAGAUCUGCAACCGGCUCCCGUAGUGAACAACAACAACGUGCACAACUACAACAACAGUACCGCUGAGAAGUGCAACAACAAAAGCAAGCUGAGCGACAUCGUGAUUAACACGGGGAUCAACGACUGCGGCCAGCCGCAGGAAAGCAACAACAUCGGCGGCAACAGCAACAACAGUGUUGCAAGCAAUCACGCCAACAUGGUGCCAAUCAUUAGUGUUACCCCGCACAGCCCAGGUGCCAAGUAUAACUUUCUCGAGGACACAUUGAAUCAUCUGCAAUGUAUUCGAGAAAGCGUGGUUCAGAUGAAGAAUUCCACCGUACAGAAUACCAACUUUGGUGGGGCUGGAUUCAUUGGUACCUCGCAGCUUUCAUCGGCAAAGCUUUUCUCGUCCUGCCCAUCCCUGCCGGACCUGACGAUCUCAAAUGCAGGCAAUAUUUGGCCCCACCAGCAAAUCAUGUACGGUCUCAACACUGACCGGCGGAAGUCGUGGACCGCAAUAGAGGAUUUGACCGAAUGUGCCAAAUCUUCUCAUAAAAGUGUCAGCCUUUCCAGUCUGGACAGCGAGGAGCAGGAAUCUUUGCGAGCAGCCGAAAGAUUACACAAUCGCACCAGUCGGAACAGUACCGGGGGUAUAUCAACGCACUCGCUAAAUGAAGCCGAGUUGGCGCGAGACUUUGAGAAAAUUGUCGCCAAACGCUGCUUGGCCCCUGCGGUGUGCCGGAUCCCGCUGCAGAAAAGCAUUUCCACGCCAUCAAUAGCGCCGGUGCGCAACCAAAGUGCUAAGGAGGACACUGCUACUCCUUCACGGCAUCUUUCCGACAGUGAAGAUGAAACCCACGACGAUCGAUCACUACUUUGUGUGAGAGAUAAAAACGAGGGCUACACGGACCACCCGGAAAAGCGCCGGAAGCGGGGCUCGCUGUUUUUCCGCAAGAAAAAGGACAAAGCCAAAACCAAGGGACAGAACUCCACCUGCGAUGCUUGUGGCGCGGUCAUUAAUCUCGCCACGUACAAAGAGCACGCCGUGGAGUGUAAGGCUAAAAUCGCAAAGAAAUAUUUCCAAGUUCAGCCCAAAUCCGGCUCCAGCAAGAAGAACUCGGCCAAUAGCGAAAAGAGCGGCAAGAAAAUGACUGGAUGCUACUCUCCGUGGAGAUUGGUCGCUAACAAGUUGGGCGUGGUUUCCACUCACGCCAGCCACAGUUCCUCGCAUCACGACGAUCAAGGUAGAGACUAUUACGAUGGCACCAUACAAAAUGACAACUCAAACUAUUCGGACGACACCCCACUGAUACGAGAUGAGUUCCUUCACGAGGCACCAAUCGGACCCCACGAUCUCGGAGCCGAUCCGAUACUUGGCGUCGCCAUUGACGAACAUGACUCGUGGAGUCCGAGUGUACCAAAGGAGAUUGUGAAAUCACUGAAAGAUAAACAGGUCAAGCGCCAGGAGCACAUCUACGAGUUCAUAAUGACGGAGAAGCAUCACUGCCAAACCCUACUAGUCAUGCAGAAGGUCUUCGUCGACAGUCUCCAGAAGCACUUCAGUCAUUUGAAUCUCGAGCGUAUGUUUCCGCGACUCCAGGACUUGUCCGAACUGCACACGGGCUUCCUUAAGAAGCUCCGGCAGCGGCAGAAGCAGAGCCCCGUGGUGGACAGCAUUGCCGAUAUUUUGCUGGACUUUUUCUCGGCAAUGUCUGCCCAAAGACUGAAGUCGGCUUACGGGGAGUUCUGCUCGAACCAUCGAUCGGCGCUCAGUACGUUCAAGUGCUACAUGACCGGAGACAACACGUUCGCCGAGUGGUACAAACAUUGUCUCCAGAACUCGCUACUCAAAAAGAAGGGCAUCCCCGAGUGUAUCCUAUUUGUGACGCAACGGUUAACCAAAUAUCCACUGUUGAUCGAUCCGCUGCUCAAGAGCUCCCGGGAGGACAAAAUCGAGCAGGAAAAGCUUCAAAAAGCAAUGCAACUCGUCAAGGAGAUCCUGGUGGACGUGGAUGCCCGCGUUGCGGACAAGGAGAAGGAAGAUCGUCAAUUAGAAAUUUUCAAACGAAUCGACGCCAAAUCGUAUGCGAUAUUUAAGAAGGAUAAGUUCAAAAAGUCGGAUAUCAUUUCUAGUAAUAGGAAGCUAAAGUUUGAAGGCGUUGCUACGCUUAUGCAGGGAAGAUCGAAGAUGCAGACCGUUCUGGUCGUUGUACUGUCGGACUGUUUGUUCUUCUUGUUGGAAAACUCACACAAAUACUCGUUCUUUACACCCGAAAAUAAGGCUGGAGUAGUUUCUCUGCAAAAACUAUUGAUUCGAGAAAAGGCGGGUACCGAAUCGAGGGGAAUCUACAUCAUCUCAUCGAAUCCGGCCUACCCGGAGAUGUUUGAGCUGAAAGUGCAAAAUCCAAAGGAUAAAAAUGUUUGGAUACAAUCGAUAAGAGCUGCCGUACUUGACUGCCCGUCGGAUGAAUCCGAAGCGGAGGACUAUAUGACUGCUGAACAACGCCAAAAACUAAUAGAUGCUAAGCAAGCUAACAUUCGUGAGAUUAUCUCAAUGGGAACCACCGAACUGGAAGGCAAAAUGAGGCAAAAAGACUUCGAACAGGCGAUCCUUCUCGAGGAGAAGAUCGCCCUCCAGCUGAGUCUGUUGCUGGAUAACGAUCACAACACGGAACAGUUGGGUCCAACGGUUGAUGCGUUCAUCUCCAACUAUGGCUCCUACCGAGAUCUGGUCUCGGAUGACUGUGAUACGAUAGAAAUAUGGAAGCGUGUGCUGAAUACAAUCCAGGAGAUCAGCACGCUGGCAGCGUCGUUGUACACGGCGGCCACCGGACUGCCGCUGUCCCGGUCUUGUAGUUCGGUGGGCGAACGGCAGAGCGAGGUGUACAUCUCGCCAACAUUACCAAAGCGUGCGGAAACGUUCGGCGGAUUCGACGAGCGACGAACCAAACAGCAACAGCAGUGUAUCACCAACUCGUCAAGAGAUGCUGUGCUGUCGACGCUUGCGGCCGGUUAUUUCUCCAACCGAGAAGGUUACGAGAAGCGUGAAUCAAACGCGUCGGAAGCCGACGGAGGUCCAUUUUCGCCGGGAAUCCACCACGGGCCGAUGAAACUUAAUCCCGAAAUGUUGACCACGGAACAAGCCAAGGAUAACAGCUACGCCGCUCUCCAUGUGUCGCAUCAUUUGCAUACGCUGCUCUGUAUAAUCUCCCAGCAAAUGACAACCAUUCAAAGCCUCCAGCAUCAGUUGAACGCUUUCCGGGAGAAUCCCAAGAACAUGUACCGACACAACGAUCAACUCGAGGAGUUGCGGAAUCUGCAGGACAAACUGCAGGAGGAGAAAACAUCUUGGCAGAAGCAGAAGGAAACAGAAGAACGCGAGCUGGAAGAGCAACGUCAGUCGCAGAAAGCGCUACAGGAGCAGAUUCGAGCCGAACAGGAGGACAUCAAACAGCAGCGGGAACAGCUGUAUCGGAAGAUGGAGAUUUUAUCCAGCCAGGGAUUGCUACUGUCACCUAACGUUGCAAUACCGGUUUCGACGGGGGUAAUCUCGACGCAACACGACGAUCCGUCGAGCAAUUGCGAAGACUUCCAUAUGGAUAUUGGUGGCGGUGGAAUGACUAGUACUCCGACCGGUUCGGCCGUCUCGACCAUCGACCGGAGGAAGGACAAAUGGAGAACAGCAAGCAUAAACAAAGCUCCCCCGGCGAAUUUAGUUAGUGCAACGAAUGCACCAAAAAUUAACGCAUCAUCCAUAAAGCAACAGCUUCCGCUGAAGCUGUCCUCCCUGUCGAGCACUAAAUCGAGUUCCAACAACAAUACGGUCACAUCGCCUAGUGGAAACAACGCUAACAUGUUGAGCAGUAGUAGCGCCGGCGUUAUUCAGAUGUUUCCUCUCAAGCUGGCCGAUAAAAAGAUCAACUCGAGCUUACCGAAUCACUCACGUACCGGUAGCAGUCCUGCAGUAAUUCAGCAACAGGUGCAGGUUCAAACGGGGAAUCCGGCAACAAGGACCAACACUUAUCCAAAGAUACCCGAACGGUAUCGAUUGCGAAACUCGGAUAACUAUCAGUCCCCUCCGCACUACGGUACGACACAAUCUCACCCGCAUACUCCGUCAUCCGCUUCGCCGUCACAUUCUUCCUCGCUCCGUUCGGCGGCAAUCCAGGAGCAGCUGAUGCAGCAAAAUCAAUACCACCACCAUCAUCAUCAUCAGUCGCAGUUCCAUCCCCAGCACCACUCAUCGGUUCACACCACGCCGCUCUCCUCGCGCAAUUCUAGCCUCCAGUCGCCCCCUCCGCCUGGAUCGUCGUCAUCCUCGCUGGCCGAUCUGGGCGGCAAUAAUAACAACGGUAGCGGCAGCCCGGGCAACCGGAAAGAUUCCACCAAAAACAAGGAGGAAGAGGUGAUUUAUUUUUGAUACAUGCCAGUUGAGGUCGAAAUUUAAUCACCUAGACGUGCUGGAUUGGAUGCUGCUGUGUGCGCUGGUCGUCUCGCUGGUACUGUAUCUUGUGAUUCUAACCUUUCGACUGAUCUUUCCCAUGUGAUCUCCGCUGUAGUAUUUUAGUAGACACGUACAUAUCGCAUCCUCCCCACGGUUUGUUUUUGUUCUCGCUACAUUUAUUUCCCGAUUUGAUUGUUGUUCCGGCGGUGGGAACUCCUGAAAUUCGUCCCGUACGUGACGAAACAAACGAAAUCUGAUACAAUUGAACACAGUUACACUUUCAAAGAGAUUCAUUUUCAAUCAACUUUGAGAUCAUUGAGCACGGUUAGUAUCGAUUAUUGUAUCAUAACGAUUAUUCUGGAAAGCACGCGGAGACGGUUCCACUAAUUGGUAAUCCUCUGCGGUGCCCGCAAUGAUGUGCAAUUUGUUUCCUACGAAGGCAACUUUAGAUUAUUUUCAACAACAAGUAAACUUGAUGGCCUAUCUUCGAUUAGAAAAGCAACAGAACGAAAAAAUGUGAACCCAGGGGCCCAAAAAUCCCUGAAAGUUACAGGAUAUGUAAAACAAUCAAUACCUGACUUGGAACCGUAGUGAAUUUGUUUAGAAGUGUUGUGAAUAUAAAAUACAAAAAAAAACAAGAAACAUAUGACAAACUUAUUUAACAUAUCUGUUUAUGUUUAGCGUAGUGGUUCCACGUAGACCAUCAUUCCCCCCAUGGAGUGAACGGGAGAAAAUGUGGUAUGUUUGAUUGAGGAGCGAAUUCAAGCGUUCGUUCGUUAAAAGCCGCUCCCUUCGGCUACUAUCUCUUCCGAAACGCACAAUACAAAGCAACCUUAUCGUCUCUCGCUCCAAGCUGAAAAAAAAGUAGUACAACUCUAACAUUCCGAUAGAUUUGCGUCGUCCGUAGUGGUACAAUUCUGUUAUUUUAACAGCGAACAUCAAUAACAUACUCUAUGAGCAACAAAGAAAACUACAAAAGACUCGAAUACAUACGUGUGUGUAUAUGUAAAUAAAAGUAAUAUCUAGUUGUAAAAAUUAAAGGUAAAAAAAUUAGACGAGAGAUUAACGAGAACGAGAAAGGGAAAAAAUAUCGCGGCUGAGUAUUCCAUUAGUUUUUUGUUCUGUUUCAUAAAUAUAGAGAGGGACACGGUGUGUGCAUCCUGUCAUGUGAUCAUACUCGCUUGUUUCCUUCGAUGAUCAUUCUUAAAGCAAAUGAACGGUGAAAACAGUACAGUUAGCGAAAGAAUGUUGCAUUUAUAUAUAGAGGUUAGUUUUCACUGGCUAAGCUAUUGAGAAACACAACUAUUUACUACUUAUAACAUAACAAAUGUAACGAGACUGGCAUUUAACUUAAACACAACAAAAAAAAAACAGAAACGGUAAAAUUACAUAACUACCUUCGAAGUGAGACGACACAACGGGAAAGGGAACGAGUCUUGAUAGGGACUCAUCCACACCCGUGGAGGCUGGAGUGAAAAAACUUGUUUAUUGUCGGUAUCCAUUUUGUGAGACAUUCGUAUGGCUUUGGUAUACUCCGGAAUUUUUCGCAGAAAUUACAAUCCCCUUAAUUUUACGCCGCGAUUGACGUGAGAAGACGAAGUUUCUCGUUUCAUUCUGGAAAACCACCUCGUAUUCGAUACCCAGGUCAAUAACAUAUGAGGACACGACUUUUAGUCACAUCUAAUGACAAACUACAAUCACGCCAUUCGCCUUCGGGAAUACCGUGACUUGAGCCAUCUUACCAACGAGAGCGACGUCCAAAUUGAACCCCUAUUGAACUGACACGAGCCAACAUAUCCGGCCUGAUUCUACGCGGCGUGUGAGGUGAGACGACAAUUGUCACAUCACCAUCACGCAACUCUCCUCACUAUAUUCCUACAGUCGUAUCGGAUGCCGUGAGAGGUUCAUUUUAUGUAUGUGAGAAGAUGAACAGCAAGUGACAAGGUGUUCAUUCUGCUGGUUGCCAAAUUUGAUCAGAGAUGCCACAUUCGCACAUAUGUCUAAGAAUUUGCAAACAUUUAACUUUUGUCAGAACCUUACAAGUGCUUCAGAUAUUAUUUCUGCAAAUUUUCUCUAGUCAAUAUUUUUCGUGAGGUCAUACGCACUAUCGACUGACUCACGAGAACCUGAUUCAUUGGCGAUCGAUAAAAUUAUUGGCAGGUGAUCACUACCGUGGGGAUCUUGGAUUACCUUCCACGUGCAAUCCAGGGAUAACGAAGAAGAGCAAAGUGAUAUGUCUAGCAUGCUUGCCCGUGCAGGAGGGUUGGCUAUCCUAGUUGCUUUCCCUGUAUUUAAAACUGUCAUGUUGAAGUUGUCGCACAGAUCAUAAAUCAACGUGGCACGGCUGUCAUCAUAGUGUGACCCCCAUGCUGUUCCAUGGGAGUUGAGGUCAUCUAAGAUUGGCCGCGGCUCCGGCAAUGCCUCGAUGAUAUCAAAAAACUGAUGGCGGCCGACCACGGUUCUUGGAGGAAUAUAUAUCGAGGCAAUGCAGAGCUCUUUGCCAUUGAUUUGUGUCUGGCAAGCGACAACUUCAAUGACUGCCAUCGAUGGGAGUGUGACUCUGUAGAAGGAGUGACAUUUUUUGAUCCCCAAUAGUACGCCACCAAACGAGUCAUUUCGAUCGAGGCGAAUAAUGUUGAAAUCGUGGAAACUCAGCUCGUCGGCUGAAGAAAGCCAUGUUUCACAGAGAGAAAAUACAUCACAGUUAGAACUAUGAACUGAAAAUUAAAAUUGAUCUAGUUUAGGGAUGAUGCUUCUGCAAUUCCACUGUAUUACAGUGGUCAAAUCCUUGACCUCUUGCACUGAAUCAGGCAUCGAGGGAAAUGAACGCUGCUAAAAACCACAUUUUUCUUUCAAAAAUGUUCUCACAAUCGGAAGCAAACAUAAUACUAUGCUUUUAAGAGGGUCAUUUAUAUUUAAAGCAUUUAAAAUGUUGUCCACCAGGUCAGAAAGCGCAAGCAAACCAGAUUGUGGCUGUUGCCUCGACCGCGAAAAUGGAACAGACGGGGUGGGUGCUGCUCCGGGAAGUGCUGAGGACCCCUGGUGCGUAGAAGAACCGCUUAAACCAGGAGGUACUUGCUUCGGUCUAUUCUCAGCACGUUCAAUUCGAGUUUUCAUUCCAACUUGGGAAGUUUCGGUCGACUUUCUGGGGAGUGAUGGGAAAGAAGUAAUUUUUCUUUUCCUGACGGCACCCUGCGAUGUACCGGAACUUCCUGCAUUGGGAGCGUCAGCAACAGGCUCGUCGUUCUGCAGAAUGGAGUAGGGAUUGUCCUGAGUCGUUGGAACGGAACUCUUAAGCAUUUCUGCAUAAGUCCGCUUGGAACGUUCCUUUAAGGAACGCUUGAUUUUGUCCCCUCGUUGUUUGUACACCGGGCAUUGAAUAAGAUCAUGAGGAGUCCCGCCGCAAUGAAGACACUUGUGCUCUUUCGCGCAAGGAUUCUCAUCAUGGCACUCUCCACAAUCUGCGCAACGUUUUUUAUUGCAACAAAAGGCGGCCGUGUGUCCGAGUUGCAUGCAUUUGUUGCAUUUCAUUACCCGGGGUACAAAUAACCGAACAGGUAAACGAAGUGCACCUAUUGCAACGUAGUUUGGAAGGGCGGAGCCCUUAAAAGUGCCACAAAAAGAAUUUGUCCGAUUGAGAACUCUUUUGUCAUUUUUUUGUGACACAGAUUUCAGUCGAUCGCAUGCAAGAAUCUUCACCGUUUUUAGUGAAGAGUUCUUGAAGCGACCGACACCAUCGAUAAUCUCUUUUCGAGUCAAACCCUUUUCGGUUAUUACGCCGUCUAUUUCGACGUUGCAACAGGGCAUGUAUACGCGAUACUCAAUCGCAAAGAGGUCGCAGCGCGUGAUUUUGUUCGCUUGGGUCCUGCUUGAGACGACGUCGUAACGUCGGGAAAAUUCUGAGUAAGUUCCUUCGAGAUGCGAAUGACAUUGAGAGGUUUAGAUUUUCGUCUAAAGUAUACAAUGUAGCCUUCGGGGUAUUCUUUUAGACGUACAUCCUGUUUUUCGUCAAUUUCCUCAUCUUCGGAACUUCCAACUUCAUAUACAGAAGUUUCUUCCUCUACUUCUGCUUCAUCUUCCUACCCUUCAGGAAGAGGAUCGGUGUCGGAAAUAUUCAAUGGCGUCGAUGGGGGAUCCUUCCCGCCCUCAGCCAUAUCAAAAAAAUCGGUCAACUGUUCGAUAUGAACAGAAUAUAAUGAUAAUCAAAAUAAAUAAAUAAGUGAAAAAAUAUAUAUUUUUUUAAUUAAUAUUAAAAAUUUAAUAUUAAAUUCAACUUAUUUUAUAUUAAAUAAAAUGCUGAAAUGAAAAAAAGUUCCAAUAAAAGUUUAACGGUAUAUAAGAAGUAAUGAUCACCCCUAAUGCCAACGUUUACCGAUUUGGUUAACACAAAGUUGAACAAUGGUGUAAAUCGUGCACAGAAGGUAGAAGGAAUGAAAGGAAAACAAAUGAAAAAAUUAAUUUCUACUUGCCGCGGCUGUGUGGCGUGUGUGAUGAAUGUGUCUGAUUUGGAUCCUCAGCGCGCACCACUUUGAACUUCGCUCCACUCGCAAGCGCAACCGAUGAAAAAGCACACUAUAAUUCGAUGUGAAAAAAACACCUUUGUUGAAUCGAUUACAAACUUGUCCGAUCUACUUGCGAGUUGUCGAAACAAUCCUUUUUUUAUAUUUCUUUAGUUAUGCCCACAACAUUUAGCCCCUGAUAUUCAAAUUCAGACAACGUUUGCUGGAGAAAAGUAACAAAGGUCCCUUCAGUUGGCAGAGUGACCAACUCAUUCAUCUCUCGCCUAACAUCAUCAAUUGAGUUUAUUUCUUCAUUUGCCGUCUUAGUUUCUUGGUUUCUCUUUUUCUCUACAACUGUAAUUAAAAGUCAACAGUAAUAUUUCUGCUUCAACACAAAUAAUUGUGUGAUCUGUUCAACUGGAAAAAUAAAGUCCAACUUUAAUUAAAUCUGAACUGAAAUGAUCUCAAUUAUGAUAAUUCUCUGAAUUGGUUUUAACGUUUUAAUAUAGGGCUGACACUGUGUGAAACCAAAAAGUGCCUCACGUUAAUUAUAUUAAAUUCAUAUUAAACAUUAAAUUCAAGUUUUGAGUGGGAAAAUUAUUUAUAAACUUUAUUCAGGUUUUAUUGUCAUAUUUGAGUCUCAGAUGGAAUCCAGUCACCUACAUCGGUCACGUUCUAUGCAGAAUGGAUAGCAACAAAUAAACAGUAACCACUACCAGUUAUUACUCACAUUUAAAUCUCUUUACGGUAGCCGACAUAGUCAGACGUGUUCAUCUCGGGCUCCACUUGGUUCCCCUGGUAGCGAUGAGGGGGGUAGCGUUAGUUCCCGCAACAGCAACAACAUAAACCAGAAGUACAUCCGAAAGCAUAUAACAAGACUACCCUUUGGUUGUUACCUAUCGUUAGGCGUUAGAUUAAAACAUGAAAAUUGAUGCUUAUAGCCACAAAACAAAGAUAAACAAAAAAAAACAUCUCGACAAUAUACUACAUAGCCAACAGAGUUUAUACUUAUUAUAAAAAAGCAACAACACAAAGUAGCGCCGAAGAGCGAAACGUAGAUCGAUUUGUGUGCACCCACUGUCCACUUACGUGCUUUUCGUUGACCAUCGCGUAUUAUUGGAGAUACAAAAGUGCUCAAAACAAUCAUACAUUUAGGAUCAUACACGUAUAAGUCACGAACAGACUGUCUUCAUAAGCCCACAUUCCUGUCGAUCGAUUCUGCUGCACGGGCAUUAUUCAGCUUUCCUACAUCCUGAGAUCAUUUACUUCCAUUCCCUAAGUAAUAAACCAAACAAUAAGUAACGAGAGAAUCACUCUCAACGUGCGCGUGUGUGUAACGGCUCGCGCAGUCAAACACGAGAGUGAAUGAAAGUAUUAUUAAUUUUUAAGAAACUUAAUAACCUUAACAGAAAGUGAAACAAGAAAUAGACACUCACUUAAAUAACAAAACUUCUUGACAAUACAAAUGUUCUACAAACGAAAACAAACAAACAAACAAAAAACGAUGCAAAACACUGCAGAGAAUGUGACAGGAGAGAACUUGCGGGAAAGAAAUCUUGAGACCGGACAAAUCAUAUGAAGCUUACUGAACAAACACACUCUCAAUUGAAUAUAACAGUAGGACUACAGAUUAAAAGAAUGUAUGUAUGUAUAGAAAACAGAAAUCGUGGAAAAAAAACUACCUAGAAAAGUAUAAACCGUGUUCUGGAUAAACGGAGUUAAGUAAAACUACGGCGAAAGCAACUCUCCAAAACUUGUGAAUAGUAGUGACAGAGACUAUUUAAUGUUUCAGAGGACAACUAUUUUAAAGUAUCUGGAUAGGAAACAGAAGUAAAAAAGACAGAUUAUAUAUACACACAACUACUAUCGUAAAACAAGGCAACUCAAAAAGCAAGCAAAUAUUUCAUCUGCUCAACUAUUUACUGUAUUUGACCGACACGAUGUUACUAAACACAAUCUAGCGUGGAAGACGAGUGAAUAUCAAGAAUUUAAAUGAGGCGUUUAUUCGUUGCCAAUGUUCGGUUUCCGCAGAUAUGCAUACGAUGAUGUUUAGGCUAUGCCUAGGUUUUUUUUGUUUCGAAUUUAUCGCAGUGUUUGACCACAUUCGCGCUCGAUCGAUGAUUAUCUGUUUAGUUAUAGUACGUGUUAAAUUAAUAUUUAUUCAAUCUAAAUUAUUAACACAUUCCAUUCCCGUCCUCGGUUGUGCAUGUCAAAAUCGGUUUCUUCAUGCUUAAAAUACGUAUACAAACGCUCGCGCGCAAAUUCAAAUCGCUGUAUAUUCGCGCUAACUAAACUAGAAUAGAAACGGUAUAAAGCCAGAGCUUCUUUACCACUCUCUACCUGAGGAGCAAUAUUGCAAGAAAAUCGCCACCGAUAGUAAAGGCAAAUCUAGCAAAAACCGAAACAAAAACAAAAAACGAGAACGAGAAAAAAAACAAUCAAGAAUAUAGACUGUCCGUAUGCCAGUUCUUUAUUAUCAUUAUUUUAACUUAGUCGUAUUACUUUGUCCUCUCGUCGAAACUAUACUUGUACACACUUUUAUCCUAGUACGUAAAACUAUUUCCAAAAAAAAAAAAAAAAGAA